AUGCCGCUAAAAGAGAUGAAAAAGGAAAAUAUUAUUGAUUUUAUCAAGUCGAACAUCAUCUUUAGGUAUGGCAUACCAAGAUACAUAGUUACUGAUAAUGGAACACCCUUCAAUAAUAAGCUCAUAAGGACUUUGUGCGAGAAGUUCAAUUUUAAGCAGCAUAAGUCUUCAAUAUACAAUGCGGCUGCCAAUGGUCUUGCCAAAGUUUUUAAUAAAACACUUGAUAACCUCUUGAAGAAAGUGGUUGCGAAAAAUAAAAGAGACUGGCAUGAGAGGAUCGGUGAAGCUUUGUCAGCAUAUUGUAUGACCUGUAAAACUGCUACCCAAGCGACUCCGUAUUCAUUGGUUUAUGGCAUAGAAGAAGUCCUUCCACUAGAAAAACAAAUUCCAUCUCUACGAAUGGCGAUCCAAGAAGGUCUUACAACUGAAAGUAAUGCUCAACUUCAUCUGGCAAAGUUAGAAGCAUUAGACAAGAAGAGAUUAGAAGCACAACAAAAGUUGGAGUAUUAUCAAGCUCGACUUGCUAGAGCUUUCAACAAGAGAGUGUGA